CCUCUCAGCCCAUCGAAUGGCCUUACUCGCUAUUCCAAUGCCUCGAAACAAUCACGUCUCCAUUACCCGUAUCAGGCUCGAGACCCUCAUAGAUCCUCGCCCCAAAGCUCCCUCCCUCGAAGAGCCGUCUCUUCUCCUGCCUCACGUUAUUUGGAGUCAUAUGGCGCCAGCCAUUGAAGCUGUUCUCCGUCCACUGCUGGUGGAGACCGUAGUAGAUGGGAUAUAUGGGAAUACAGUCGGACCCGGGCGGCGGCGAUGAGGUCUUUGAGGUGCUGGACGGUGUUGUUGUCCUCGAUGUCUUAGAGGGUAAAAGUGGCUUUACCGUCUAGGUGGAGGAAGUCGUUGUAGGGGUCGAUCAGGACGAUGGCUGUUCGCGAUGGGACAGGCAUGGUAGCGUUGGCUUCAGCUGAGAGAUAUAAUCCUGCUUCUUUGUCGUCUUACUUUAGCCGGAAUCGUGCCUUGGCUGUUGGGAUCGCUGUGGCUGGUGCGGCUGUCGGGGGUUUGAUCUAUCCUAUUAUCGGUAACAGACUCCUAUACCAAGACGCGAUCGAAUUCCCCUGGACAGUUCGUUUCAUGGGAUUUAUUAUGCUUGCAACGCAAAUCCCAUGUAUCCUGUUAUUUAAAUCAUAUCGCCCUCCUCGAACCUCAGGGCCUGUUAUCGACUGGAGCGCCUUCAAGGAGCUCCCCUUCAUUUUCUUCACGAUAAGCAUCACAUUUGCCCGUGAUCGCACCGGCAUCUCCAACUCCCUGAAUCUCACCAUGGUACUCAACGGCGUUGGCGUCGUCGGUCGAAUCCUUCCCGGUAUCAUCGGGGACCGGGUCACGGGUAUGCUGAACAUAUUGAUACCACCGAGUUUCGCCGCUAGCCUUCUUGUUUACUGUUGGGCUGCUAUCAGCACGGAAGCUGGACUGUAUGUGUUCGCUGUGGUUUAUAGAAUUAUCGCAGCGGCUUUGCAGUCUAUUGAUAGGACGGGUACGCAGCUGGGGAUGAUUCUGAGUAUGGUUGGUGUGGCUUCUUUGACUAGGCCUACUAUUGAGGGUGCUUUGAUCCAGGAAGAUAACGGCGCGUAUCUCUAUGCACAACUGUUUUCGGCGACUUCGAUUUUGAUAGGUGCUUUGGCAGGCGUGGCGUGCAGGAUUGCAAAGACGGGGUUCAAGCUCAAAGUGAAAGCAUAGCUGUCUGUCCCAG